AUGUCGCCUCUCCUCCUGUGGGCUCUGCUCCUGUCAUCGGCGCAGGCAGCUUUUGUUCGCGGCUGGGAAUGCUCCCCCGCUAGUACGGCGUUGACUGGGCCUCAUGUUUUUCGACCGCAAUCCUUAAGUGGUUAUCUGGUUUCUCCAGAUCAUGAAGGGACAACACUAUUCCUGAAGUUCACGGGCGAUUUCACCUCCGAUACCUGCGACUCUUUCAAUGGAUCCCUGGCACAAUUGGUUGUGGAUGCAAGUGUCUUGGGUCACCCUGUAGGCUUUCAGGGAGAGCCCAGGGGAAGAUGUGCUGAAAGCCCUUAUCAAUACAACACCAAUCUGUCAAACCAAGGUAACAGAAAGGCUCAUAUGGAGGGUGGUCUCCGCCGAUAUGCCAUCUAUGAGACCUCCUACUACCUCAACCACACCUAUGCCCUGCACACACUGGACACAACCGUUCAACUGCAACUGGAGGAUCAGAAAAUUAGUUGUACCGCUACCCAUAUCACACCCUAUAUCGGCUCACUAGCUUCAAAACUCCUGAAGGCUCUUCCUUUCGUCAUUAUGGUCUUGUUUGGAAUUACGACAGCCCCGCUCAAAGUCCUUCGUGCCAAUGGAAGAAGCAUGUUUCGAUACGAGCUUGCCGACUUAUCUCGAGAUCCAGCUCAAUCCCACCUACGGGGCCUAGGUGAUUGUCUGCACUUCCUCCAAUUCAUCUUUCUAAGCAGCUGCCUGACACUUUCAUACCCUGGUUUUUUCCGAGCAAUCGCCGGGCAGCUGGCCUGGUCCUCGCUCAUCUUCCGAAAUUGGCCUGUGACACAUGAUUUUACUUAUCCCGGUGUCAACGACGGUUUUUAUGCCACUAAUUCGACUUGGGGCUUGGAGGAGAUGACACAGGUGCUGGGCGGAACCGUCAUUAGUGACCUCUGGGUCAAUGCGAUUGUCAACCUUGUCCUCGUUAUUGUGGGGAUCAUCGUGUUGGUGCAAGUUCCGUUCGGGAUUCAAUGGGUAUCGAAGACUUUCCGGAGGCGACAGCCAAUUGAGCUGACAGACCUUCAGGAGGAGUCUGUGACUCAAUGUCAGCGUACUGGCUGGAGUAUCCUCCGAACAGUGCUCGAUUACUUCCUCCUUCCACUCGUAACCUUUUCCUCGAGUCAAUUUCUUAUAGCCUCAUGGUUUCCGGUCUAUCGUACCUUCUUCGCGGUAUUGAUCAUCGGUCUGCUCACCGUGUCUCUGGGCUUCACGAUAUGGUACUUAGUGAAGAGUAAUAGACAAGGGGCCUUUUUCCAGGAGAGCUUAGUUCCUAACCGUUAUUCUGGAAGCUGGAUGUUCUUUGUUCUGUACGGCAUUCCGCUUGUCAGAGGCAUAGCGAUCGGGGCACUACAACAAUCAGGCCUUGUUCAGACUGUGGUUCUUAUGGUUUGUGAAACGCUCAAUCUUGCUUGUCUGCUGUGGAACUGUCGGGACUUUCACGCAUGGAGACCUGUGUGCUUUUCGCUGUGGAGGUUUGCCAGCCUUGCCAUGACUUGUGUAUUCCUCCCACAGUUCCAGGCGAGCGAGCGCGAUAAGGGCUUGAUAGCAUACAGCAUCUUGUUCCUUCACGCAGCCAUGCUCUUUUUCGGGUUCUUCGUUCCCAGUGUUUCGAGCAUCGUGCUAUUUACACUCCGCGAAUUGGGAAUCACACAGUCCCAUGGUAGCAACCUCGUGGAACCCCAUCAGGCACCGGUCUUCGGGAUCGGUCAACUCUCGCAGCGGUCGACGAGGAAGUCUUCAUUUACAGAGCUCCCAGAGCUUCGUCCUGCAGCUUAUCCUCAACCAAUGGGGCCAUACACCACCGACGCUAUUCCAUCGUACUUUCGAGCUCCUCGGCCCGUAACUCCGAAAUCCUCAUCGUCUCGGCAUUUCACCACCAUCAAAACGCAGUCCCAUAGCGAAAGUGAAUCGGGGGAUUCAAGCUUGGGCUCGGUAGACCUGAGUGUCCUGGACGAAGACACGGCCACGAUCAGCGGCGAUGGCGAUUAUUCCAAACGCGAGGCGGAUCAAUACUACGGUCGGCCGAUGGCAUCGCAGAUCGGCGCCAGGGUAGAACGAAUGGAACCAUCCCGUUCCACAGUGCCAGAUAGAUCCAGGAGAUGGCCGUGGGCAAAGAAAAAGACAAAAGGAUUCGAAGUUGUGCGGCCCGCUCGCCCGGGGAUGUGA